CAGAGAGAAGGGCAAGGCGCAGCAUCCUCUCCAUCCUCCAUAGCACAACGACUGACAAAAGAGGGGGGAAGAAAUCGCGAUUUUGAGUGUUGUUAUCAGGCCCAAACACAUAAGCAGAAUGACUAAAGAGGAAACUUCUGAGGUGGAAGAGGCCCAGCCGGCCUCUGAGUUCAUCAGCCCUGUUCAUGAACCCCGCAAAAAACCCAUAGUGCAUCCAUCUGCACAGGCUCCACUGCCCAAGGACUAUGCGUUUACCUUCUUUGAUCCAAAUGAUCCGGCCUGCAUGGAGAUUCUGACAGACCCUCGGACCACAAUCCCAGAACUGUUCGCCAUCAUACGCCAGUGGGUUCCACAAGUUCAACACAAGAUCGACAUCAUAGGCACUGAGAUUUUAAAGCGAGGUUGCCAUGUGAAUGACCGUGAUGGCCUGACGGAUAUGACUCUUCUCCACUACUGCUGCAAAGCAGGAGCUCACGGAGUGGGUGAUCCUGAGGCAGCACUCCGGCUGUCCAAUCAGCUGCUAGCUCUGGGAGCUGAUGUGAGUCUGCGCAGUCGUUGGACCAACAUGAAUGCCCUACAUUAUGCAGCUUACUUCGAUGUACCAGAACUGAUUCGUGUUUUGCUCAAAGGCUCCAAGCCUAAAGUGCUCAACUCCACCUGCAGUGACUUCUAUCAUGGCACAGCCCUGCACAUCGCCGCCUCCAACCUCUGUCUCGGUGCUGUCAAGUGUUUACUGGAGCAUGGAGCCAAUCCUACUGUUAGAAAUGAUAAGGGUCAAGAGCCUGCUGAGGUUGUCCCUGACCCUAUGGACAUGAGUCUGGAUAAAGCUGAGGCUGCCAUGGUGGCUAAAGAGCUGAAACAGUUGCUACUGGAUGCAGUGCCUCUCAGCUGUAACCUGCCCCGGGCCACCCUGCCCAACUAUGACAACAUUCCCGGCAACCUUAUGCUCUCCUCUCUAGGCCUCAAACUAGGGGACCGUGUGGUGCUGGAUGAAACAAAGACUGGCACCCUCCGUUUCUGUGGCACUACUGAGUUUGCUAGUGGGCAGUGGGUUGGUAUCGAGCUGGACGAGCCGGAGGGCAAGAAUGAUGGGAGUGUGGGUGGGAUCCGCUAUUUUAUCUGCCCCCCAAAACAAGGCAUCUUCGCCCCUGUGUCAAAAAUCAGCAAAGCUCUUGAGCAGACCCCCUCUUCAGUCACCUCCACCCCACCCGAGACACUGGUGUAUAUCUGAAGUUUGUCAUCUUCUGCACCAGCUCCAAGAAACAAGCCUCUGUCCGGGGUCAGUUUGGAUCCUGAUGGAGUCAAGGUUGAGGUUGGGGAUCAGGUGUUGGUGGCGGGCCAAAAGCAAGGGAUCGUCCGCUUUUUUGGCAAGACAGACUUUGCUCCCGGAUAUUGGUUUGGUGUGGAGUUGGAGCAGCCCACUGGAAAGCAUGACGGCAGUGUAUUUGGAGUACGUUACUUCCACUGUUUGCCCAAAUAUGGGGUUUUUGCACCACCAUCCCGUGUUCAGAGAAUUGCAGGGCCCAAAGAUCCUCAGGGUGAUGGGCCACUAGUGAAGAAAGUCCACCAGGUGACUAUGUCCCAGCCGAAGCGUAAUUUUAAUGCGAUGCGAUCUCCGAAAGACAUAACAUCUGAAAGUUCCAUAUCCAGGUUGCUGUUCUGUUGCUGGUUUCCCUGGAUGCUCCGUGCAGAGAUGCAGACCUAAAUCCACUGGUUACAUCUUUAAUUAUAUCUCCCUCCUCUUUCUGUUCCUCCUCAAGAUAAAAUCUCGCCCACUCUGUGUACUACCAAUAUUCAUAUGUGCUUCUCUAUGUGAACUACCCAGACUGCUGUCCUGCCCCUUUGACGGCAAUUCAAUAGCAAAAAAAUAGUGCCUUGUCAAGUAACUAAUGUCCUGCAUUCCAAUGAUUGAAUUAUAGAUGAACAAUCUUUUAUGAAAUCAAAAUCAUUCCUACUAAAAGCCAUUCACAUCUCUCUAUCAGUUUUUUUUAUUUUUAUGCUAAACCGCUGUGGGUAGAUUAUUGGCAGUAUUCAAGCUUGAUAAUACAGUCAUAAUCCACAUAAAACUAGGCUUGUAUGUCUAUUUUAAUUUGUAAAGGUGCUUUUUGUUUGUAAACAUGCUGCUGUAUUAUGCACCUUUACUGUCUUACUUUACAGUAUUUUAUUGUAUACAGACUUUGUUUCCUAAGUUUCAAAUGCCUUUAAAUGAACUAAUAGGUGACAUAUUAUUAUUAGUGAAUAUCUGAAAACAUAAAAUGUUUCAUUGUAACUGUAGUCUGAAAAUAUUGAUGCUGCCGAUGUGAAAAAGAGGGGUUUUGCCAUUGGAGCCCAAUGCUUUCUUCAUCUACAGUGAAACUGUAAGCGUAUGGUUUAAAAUAUAGAAUAUGUUGCAUGAAAUAAGCAGGUAUGGGCACGUUUUUAGGUCAUAAACUGCUCUGAAAUGAGGUGAGAUGCCUGCUUUAGAUAUUAUAAGCUAAUAAAUCACAUUUCAUUAAAUUAAAAUCAACCACAGAACCAAAGCGCAAGCUCCAUGAUAUAGCAAAAGCUAAAUAAUCUCUUACUUAAAAUAAAGUACUGUUAAGAACCACGCAUCAAUAAUGCAGGUCUUGAGAGGAGGCAUUCUUGACAUUUCAUAAAAAAACGAGGUGACAAUUAAAGGAUUUGUCUAUUUUAUAAACCCAAAUAAAAAUACGAAUCACAAUCAUGUUUCUCUCACCAAAAAACAAAACAAAAACAAAUUAUAGUUCAUCUAGUAUAGUUUAAAGUGAAGUACAGUUUAUAUUUUAACAUAAAUCCUCAUCUAUCAUCUACAGUCUAAUGUAUAAAAGCUGUUAGGCCAGACUACCUAUUCCUAUAGUGAUCCCAGAGCAGGCAGAUUUAGUUAAGGAGAGAAUAAAAAACAACAGCUUGCCUUGUGCACUCUCCUUUAUUGUGAACACUUGGUCAACUGCACUGAUUUACAAAAAAAGAGCAACUUGCAGAAUUGAAAAUUUACUGCUUGAGCAGGUCUGGACAGCUUUUGAUUUCUUCAGCCACCAUGCCAUUAUUUCAUUAAAGAACAACUGAAUCUGUGUGGUAGCAAUGUCACUGUAGUGAGUAGUGCAUCUUCUGAUGGAGUGCAAAGGUCAGCUCACAACAAACCUUAAAUUGUGCAUUAUCAUUUUGUGACAUAGAGUACAGUAUAUUGCUUUAUGGUGACUAAAAGUUGUAGAAAGCAUCAGUAUGUCACUGUUAUUUACCUUAAUUUCAGGACAAGUCACAUUCCGUUUUUUGAUGCCAAAAGGAGAGUAAAAGUAUGACUGUAAAUUGACUAUUUCAUAUGUGAGUAUCUCGCACUGACUGGCUCA